AUGAGGCUCUCAAUACUCGUUCCCCUGGCAGCCCUGCUGUCCUUCUCGGUUGCUGAAUUCCCUGACGAGGACCUCAGCCAGUGUCUGAUCAUGUGCCUCUCUAUUGGCGCUGGGGUGGCCGGCUGCUCUUCCUAUGUCGAUAGCUCUUGCACUUGUCACAGUGAUGCGUUCAGGGAUGCUGUUGGGGAAUGUUUGAAGAAAUCUUGUAUCCAGGAAGAUAUUGAUACCGCGGCGUCAUUGCACAAGGAGGUUUGUGGUGUAUACGAGCAGUGA